AUGGAGUCCAUCGAGCGUGUCGCAAUGGUCGAGACGCCCAUCGACAAAGGCGCACAAAUUGAAGCAGUCGAAGCAGUUGAACAAGAGCCUCCCGUCGAACCAGCGCUCUCAGAAAAGCCGCAGAGGCCGUCAUCCAUCUCCACCUGUGACUCUGGUCUCCACGGCGAAGUAGAUUUCACAAAACAGCGAAGACUUGUGUUAUGUUUUGAUGGAACAGGAAAUAAAUUUCAUGGAGACGAUACCGAUUCCAACAUCGUCAAAAUAUAUGAGCUUCUAGACAGACGUUCGGACCUUCAAUUUCAUUAUUAUCAGCCUGGAAUCGGAACAUACGUUCAAAAUGAGGGAACCACCUUUAUCGGCCGCUUCGGUGAUAAGAUCAGAACCGUGCUCGACCAGGCAGUCGGCACAAGCUUCAAGGCCCACGUGAUCGGUGGAUACUCUUUCAUCAUGAAAUACUACAAUCCCGGUGAUUGUAUCUAUAUCUUCGGCUUCUCCCGUGGAGCAUACACCGCCCGUUUCCUUUCAGAGAUGUUGGCAGGCGUCGGUCUCUUAUCGAGAGGUAACGAGGAAAUGAUUGAGUUCGGUUGGAAAACGUUCAGCACAUUCCAGACGUCGAGACAUGAUGGUGGUCCCAAGGAUCUAAAGCGACGUAAUUUUAUGCGGAAAUUCAAAAAGACAUUCUCUCGUAGUGGUGUGAAUGUCCAUUUUCUCGGUCUAUUCGACUGCGUCAACUCUGUUGGCCAGCUUGAGCCGCCUUUCUGGCGAAAAUCUUAUGCUUAUAUGCCAAUGGGCUCCUCAGCAACUCACAUUCGACAUGCCGUCAGUGUGCAUGAAAGACGACUGAAAUUCAAGCCUGCCCUCUACAAGGGAUUCAUCGACCACCCAGACCUUAAAGAAGUCUAUUUCUGUGGGAAUCAUGGCGACGUCGGAGGAGGGUGGGGAAAAUCACCAGAUCAAAAGCGUGCUUUGAGCGAUAUCCCGCUGGCAUGGAUGUUGCAGGAAGUACGAAACCUACCAGAUACAGAAAACAAGCUUGAAUUUACCCAACCGGAGGAAUAUCUUUUAGAAAAGGGUGCGGAAGAAGCAGAGCGGCAGUUCGAGGAACACCUUGAACAACUUGGUAAAGGUUUGAUCGAUGAUACACAAGGAAUGCGACCUCAUGACCCCCUUAGUUUCAGCGGAGGUGGCGGCUUCUUAGGUGUCCUUGGUUGGUGGAUUCUAGCAGUUGCUGACGUGGUCAUACACCUUUACAUGGAUGGCUUUGCAGAGGUUAUGCCGUUCAUCUCCAGACUCGAGUACGAAAAUGGCAAGUGGGUGCCUCGUUAUUGGCCACCGAACUUCGGAACACCUCGAGACAUUCCUGCUGAUGCAGAUAUCCACCCGUCCCUUGUAGCAUUGCAUGAAGGGGGUGUUCUGAAAGAAUCCGAGGUUCCAAAGCUCCUUUCCAACCGGGACCACUAUACCUUCAAGGUUGAGGGCGGUACCCGUACUCAGAAAAAGAAGCCAGCUCCCAAACCUACGGAGGAACCCCCCAAGGAGAAAGAGAAAAAGUAA